GGCGGCCAGCCCAGCUGGAGGAAGCAGCGGCAGCAGCGGCCACGAUGAGCGCGGGCGACGCCGUGUGCAUGGGCUGGCUCGUCAAGUCGCCCCCCGAGAGGAAGCUGCAGCGCUAUGCUUGGCGCAAGCGCUGGUUUGUCCUUCGGCGGGGCCGCAUGAGUGGUAACCCUGAUGUCUUGGAGUACUACCGGAACAAACACUCCAGCAAGCCCAUCCGUGUGAUAGACCUCAGUGAAUGUGCUGUGUGGAAGCAUGCAGGCCCUGGCUUUGUUCGGAAAGAAUUUCAGAACAAUUUUGUGUUCAUUGUCAAGACUACUUCUCGUACAUUCUACCUAGUGGCCAAGACUGAAGAAGAAAUGCAGGUGUGGGUGCAUAGCAUCAGUCAGGUCUGCAACCUCAGUCACCUGGAUGGUGCAGCAGAUUCCACGGAGAGCCUCUCUCACAUGCCCUCCUCCGUCCAGCCAGGCCCUGCCAGCUCACUUCAUAUAGCCCAUGCUGCCAGCUCUGCCUUGCCAAAAGAUGACCCAAACACUAAUACCAUAGCCACUGAGGAAACCAGAAGUGAACCAGAGUUUCUCUUCCUUCCUGAUUAUCUGGUCCUGUCCAACUGUGAGACGGGAAGACUGCAUCAUGCCAGUCUUCCCAACAGAUGUGAUAGCUGGUCAAAUUCAGACCGCUCAUUGGAACAGACUUCAUUUGAUGAUGUUUUUCUUGAUGGCCUACAGCCACUUACCUCUAGUAGCUUUGUUCACCUCAAGCGUCAUGGGAAUGGAUCUCAGGAGGCACCUUCUAUCAGGCCUCAGGCUGCUCUGAUCUGGAAUAGAGAAAUCAAUGGCCCAUCCGGGGACCACUUGUCUUCUUCACCAUUGUUGGAAUCCUCCCUAAAUCCCACAAUCCAUGUAGAUAAAAACCAAGUUUCCUUGCCCUAUGGGGCAAAAGAAGUAGACAUUAUGUCCAACAUUCCACCUCCCCGCCCCCCCAAACCGAGCCAUCUCUCUGAACGGCACCAAGAAAAGCAGCUCCUGUCAAUUGAGCACAGCAGUAGCAAGAAACCAGGACACACAUUGAUGCCAAGAAGAGUCUCUCUCUCUGGUUUAGAGCACGUGAGGUCCUGGAAAGGUGAUGUAGAAAGCCAAUCCUUAAGACACCGAGAUAAACGGCUCAGUUUAAAUCUGCCGUGCAAGUUUUCACUGAUGUACCCCACAGCUUUAACUAAUGCUGAAGACAGCUAUGUGCCUAUGAGUCCCAAAGCCACUGUGUCUGGUCUUGGACCCCACUGCAGCCAGGAUGACUACAUCCCAAUGAACUCAGGAAGCAUCUCAAGCAUGCUGCCUGAGUUACCUGCAGACUUGGAACCUCCCCCAGUGAACAGAGAUCUCAAGCCUCAGAAGAAAUCACGGCCACCUCCCCUGGACCUGAGAAACCUUUCCACAAUCCGGGAGCAUGCAUCUCUAACCAGGACUCAAACUGUACCUUGCAAUCGAACCAGCUUUCUCUCUCCAAAAAGAAAUGGUAUUAAUUCUGCAAGAUUUUUUGCCACUCCUGCUUCCAGAGAAGAGGAAGAAAGCUACAUCCAAAUGGAGGAAUACAGAACAGGCAACUCCCUGAGCAGUGGCACUCUUACCUGGACAAAGAAAUUCAGCUUGGAUUAUUUGGCCCUGGACUUCAAUUCAGCAUCACCAGCCCCUGUGCAGCAGAAACUUCUUUCAGAAGAGCACAGAGUAGACUAUGUUCAAGUGGAUGAACAGAAGACACAGGCUCUUCAGAGCACCAAGCAGGAAUGGACGGAUGAGAGGCAAUCUAAAGUUUGAGAAGUGAUGGGGGGACAGAAAGACUUCAACCUGCAAGUUGGGAAAGCAGCAAGUCCAGGUACAGUGAGGAGUUAAGCUUUCCUUAGGGAAGGAUGCCUGAGGCCCAGCACACAGCCUACCUGCAAAGGCACACAGCAGCCUACCUGGAAUUGUUUCACUAUAGAGCUGGGACCAACUGAAUCAUUCUGACCUAUAUGUUGGAGUCCAAGCUGAAGGAGCUGCACAGGCCCUCCUCCUCUCAAUGAUCUCCUUAGUUCUUGCUCAUACCAUCUUUGUACUUAGGAUCACACUGAUUUUUCAGAUUUGUUUUGAUUUUACUAUUUCAUUUCUGGCAUUAAUAAAAGUCUUA